GAGGAGGAGGAGGAGGAGGACGAGCCUCGCACCGCGCGGGCCGCGCGGCCCGCGGGCCGCGGCCCGCGGCGAUGGCCGGCGGCGGCGCGGAGUCGGCGGCGGGCCCGGGUGGCGGCGCGCUGCCCGCGACGGAGUGGCCGGCGCACUUCCGGGCCAUCCCGAGGACCGGCGCGCUCUUCUCCGCUGUGGCUCCCCCGGGUGGCAGCCCCGGGCAUGGUCGCGCCGUUGACAGGCUGGAGCAAGACCUCACCGAGGCGCCUUCGAUCCUCGUGCGGUGCUGCCGGGGCUGGCCGAUGGCUGCAGGCUGGGAGCAGUCGGUCUUCGCAGGCUUCCUGGAUGCUGGCUUGCAUGCGGGAGGAUCACGUUCUCAUCCAUGGAUGAAAUGAUCGAGACGAUGAAGGAGCAGGCCGCACGUGCCGAGCCGCUGGUCGUCGAGGGCGCGGGCAUCAUCGGCACGGAGAGGUGGGCGGACGUGGAGGGCCACUUGGGAGGCCUGCUGGGCGACCGGGCCGUGCUGGUCAAGAGGUCGCCGAGCCAGAGAUUCCGGUACUUCGAUCUGAAGAAGAACACCGGACGGUACGAUUUUAAGCAGCCGCUCCGGGAGGAGCAAAUGUGCCUGAGGGAUUUCCUCGCCGAGAGCAGAUUUAUUCUGGAGGAGGGCCGCGCCGAGAGGAUGUACCUACAGGAGACGCUCUCGGGGCACGCCGAGAUGGCCGAGGAGUUCGCGUCGUGGCGGUGGGAGCUCCUCAUCCGCGUCAGCUCGGCCUGCGGUUGCCCG